AAAAAGACGAAUGUCAAUUGUCAAGCAAACUCGUAAAUUCGCAAACAAAUGCAAUUUAUUAGAAAUUAUUUUAAUUUUUGUGUAAAAGUAAUUAAUUUUUGAAUGAAAAAAUGCGCUGGAGUGAAGCAGCCACGCUUGAAUUCGUAAAACUUUACUUAAAACACGAAUGCCUUUGGAAUCCUAACAACCCGAGUUACAAAUUGAAACUACAGAGGGAUAAGGCCUAUUCUGAAAUAUGUUCUGAAUUCAAUUCUAUAAAACCCCUCACAGUACCGGAAGUUAAAAUGAAAAUUAAGAAUUUAAGGACUACAUACAUACAACAAGUGCACAAAAUACUACAGAAAUCUACCCCAGACUGCAUCUACGAACCGUCUCUAAUUUGGUUCAAUGAAAUGGAUCGAUGUUUAAAACAUGUUCCAACUAAUCGACAUUUAUCUUCUUACAAUGUCCAAGAUACCCCAGAAGUAGACUCAUCAAGCAAUGUACUUUUAUGGGUCAAUCAAGACCCCAGUGAUAAUAUAGAUGAAGACUUAAAUCCUGAUCCUCUUGUAACAAAUUCAGAAGAUGAUUUUGUUGUUUUCAAAAAUGAAUCAUCACCAAAAAUUAAGGUAGAAAGAUCCUCAUCUCCAGAAUCUAACAGAGUUAAGAGUAAGAAGUCAAAACUCAGAAAGAGUUUUAUAAAAAAAUCAGAAGAUGUAGAAAAUGGAACGGAAAUGCAAGAGGAUGAAUUUGAUAUUUACGGCAAAUAUAUAGCUUCCCAAUUAAGGAAAAUGAAUUUGGAGAAAGCUUUGAGACUUCAGUUAGAAAUACAGAGUUUAGUGAGUGAAGCUAGGAUAUCUGACAUUAGCAGUUUUUGUUUGUGGUGGAAGAAUAUUAAUUAUUGUGUGAUACCGAAGUAUAGAAAUAUGAGAUUAAAAAAGAGAUUUAGUGAAAAGGAAACAUAUCAAUUUGUAAAAAUAUAUUUUAAACACGAACAUUUAUGGAAUACAAAGCAUUUGGAAUACAAAUCGCAUCAACGUAGACUGGUCGCAUACAAAACUGUGAUCAACGAAUUUUAUCAAUGCACUGGCAUUCAACUAACGCUUGCUGAAUUGAGAAUAAAAAUAAAGAAUUUGAAAUCAACAUAUUGGCAAGAAAUUAGGAAAAUAAAGGAGAGGAUCGAUUACAUUCCCGCUAUGAAAUGGUUCGCCGUUUGGCGCAAUUAUAUGGAGAGCGUUGACAAUUAUGAAUCUUUGGAGGAAUCAAACAGAACAGAUGAGGACAGCCCAAGAGCCUGGGCUUUGGACACAAUGGACAAUGACUCUGGUGACCCGUUUGAAUCAAACAGAGCCAAUGAUUAUGUCAUGAUAAUUAAACCUGAAUGUGACCCUACAAAAGAAUCAAAUUUACGCAACAGACGUCAAAAGAGUUUUAAAAGAACCAGCACCGACGUCAGUGUGUCAGAUAUAAAUGUAACAGAGAAUACCAAUACUGAAGCUACAGUGAGAGAUGAUGAAUUUGAAAUUUACGGCAAGUUUGUUGCCUCACAACUAAGAAGUAUGGACUUACAAAGGGCAUUGGCGUUACAACUGGAAAUACAAAAUCUUGUUAGCAGAGCACGGCUCGCUGAAUUGUCAGAUCAAUGUAACACUGACUCUGUCACUAGUUAGACGAAUAAUUAAUUCAUCUAAACUUUUUGUACAUACAUUGUAGUAAACAUAUGAAAAUUAAAAGUAUAUCUAAAAUAUGGCAGCAGCCUAGGAUAACAAGAUAAUUUUGAUUUGAUUAUUAUAUAGCUUUCUCUUUUGUCCAAUUGCUAUGAAAGUUAUAGCAUAAUCAAUGUAUGAGUGGUCAGUCUGUUAUUGGAAUAAAACUUCAAAUGCACACUCAACUCGCGUCAGGCAAUUGUAGGGUCUUACGCGAUCACAAUAUCUUUUCUCUUUUUUCUUAAAAAAUAUAUUUGCCAUAUUUGUCAAUAUGACCAAUAUUCCCAUUCUCCCCUCCAACUAGUCAGGAAAGACUGUAUUAGGAGUGGGUACGACAAUAGACCAACAGGGCGGGGAUCGAACCACUAACCCUCGGUGAUAAGUCCAACCACUCUUACCGUUGAGCUAUUGAGGCUCUGUAACAUGUGAUGUGUUUCACUUUUGAUCCUCUUUAUCAGCCAGUUUUAACAGCCCAUUUAGAAAAAAAAGAAAAUAUCCUCUCCUGUGAGAAGGGAUGACCUCCCUUUUUUACAAGAGAGGGGAUGUGGAGCAUAGACUUACCAUGUUGCUCCAAUUACGGUUGUCUGGCAAACAUAAUCCUGUAGUCACAAGUCCAGGACUCGGCUCGGAGUUUUUCUCUACCACGCGAUGGACCCGGCACCAGCACGGUGAAUCCGUUGAACGUCAUCUGAUGGUAUUGGUAAUCACCAAAACCUACGGCUAAAUAUGGUUUCCGUAACAGGGGGCGUAGACAGUGGCGUGCAUUUUAUAGAUGCUAAAAUGCACUGCCUACCCUGAGGAAUCAAUAUGACCAUGUAUUGGAGAAGGGAUUUUCCAUUCUGUACUAUUUGUACGUAUAAUGCAUACCCUACAUAAAUGCAUUACCUGGGUUAUUACAACAUUUAGUUCUACAAUUUUACCGACAGGGUUAUGUAUCUUGGUGUAACUACCAUUAAAAUAAUCAGUUGCCAUCAUCAUUUUAUGUAAAUUGUAAAACUGGUAUUUAUUAAUUUUUUUUAUGCGUCGCGCUUUUUCACCCGCGUGGUUCCCGUACCCGUGGGAAUCUAUACUAAUAUUAUGAAGCUGAAGAGUUUGUUUUUUGAUUGAACGCGCUUAUCUCAGGAACUACUAGUACGGUGAUAAAAUAUAGCCUAUAGCACCCGGGGAGAGUAGCUUCCCAACAGUGAAAAAAUUUUUCAAAUUGGUUCAGUAGUUUCGGAACCUAUUCAAUGCAAACAAACAAACAAUCUUUCCUCUUUAAAAUAUUAGUAUUGAUUUCUUUGAAAUGACCAUGUUGGAUGAUCGUUAAAAUCAAGGUAUUUCUAAAAUAGUGAUUCCGUUGCAAUAACUAUGUUAGAUGACCACUAUAACGAAAAUACGAUUAAAAACGAUUUCGAACGAUCAAUGCGUGCAGUGGUGUAGCUGGCCUUGGAGGGGCCCUGUAUGAAAAUUAGUUGGGGGCCCCAAUAGACGAGCGGCGAAUACCGAAAAUCUCUUUAGAGGUCUGUGUUUUUUUCAUCUGGACCAGCAGAUUAAGUAAGGGAUUAAAUUUUUGCUUUCACACUAAUUAAGGUGCCCCGUAUCAUUGAUACACGGCUGUAGCUACGCCCCUGUUUAAAUGGUACAUAUAUCUUAAUAGGCUCCCUGAUCUGUGUUUUGCAAGUAAGAUAAAUAAUAAUAUAAAUAGUAAUGUUAUUUUUUUUGUUUUAAUAAUUAAACUAAAAUUGAAUAAAA